GUGGCUUGUGCGACAGGAAGGCGUGGCCUGGGCGACCGGAGGGCGGGCCCGGAAGCGGAGGUGGCCAGGCCGCGCAUGCGCGCCUCCCACGUGCAGCGGAGCGCCUCCGCGCCGGCUGGGCUGUUGGGUACCAUGGUUUUCCCGCGGGUUUGUGCUGCGCGGCGGCUCGGACGCGCCGUGGCUCGCGGGCUCUCGCUCCGGGAGCCCUCCCGCCCCCGCCUCUGCAGCUCCGGCCCUCGCGGCGCCCGCGACGAAGCCCCCGAGGCGCGCGCCUACUUCACGACGCCCAUCUUCUACGUGAACGCGGCGCCGCACAUCGGGCACCUGUACUCGGCGCUGCUGGCGGACGCGCUGUGCCGCCACCGCCGCCUGCGGGCUCCCGGCGCCGCCGCCGCCGCCACGCGCUUCUCCACCGGGACGGACGAGCACGGCCUGAAGAUCCAGCAGGCGGCCGCCGCGGCGGGCCUGCCUCCGGCCGAGCUGUGCGAUCGCGUCUCGGCCCAGUUCCGGCGGCUUUUCCGCGACGCCGGCGUCUCCUCCACCGACUUCAUCCGCACCACCGAGGCGCGGCACCGCGCGGCCGUGCAGCACUUCUGGGCGGCGCUGCGGGCGCGGGGGCUGCUCUACAAGGGCCUCUACGAAGGUUGGUACUGCGCCUCGGACGAGUGCUUCCUGCCCGAGGCCAAGGUCAGCCGGCAGCCCGGGCCGGCGGGGGACCCGUGUCCGGUGUCUGCCGAGAGCGGGCACCCCGUCUGCUGGACCAAGGAGGAAAACUACAUCUUCAGGCUCUCCCGGUUCCGGGAGCCGCUGCGGCGCUGGCUGCGGGACAACCCGCAGGCCAUCACCCCCGAGCCCUUCCAGCGCAAGGUCUUGCAGUGGCUGGAGGAGGACCUGCCGGACCUGUCGGUCUCUCGCAAGAGCAGCCACUUGCACUGGGGCAUUCCGGUGCCCGGGGACGAUUCGCAGACCAUCUACGUGUGGCUGGAUGCCCUGGUCAACUACCUUACUGUGGUCGGCUACCCCGGGGCCGAGUUCGAGUCCUGGUGGCCCACCACCUCUCAUGUCAUAGGCAAGGACAUCCUCAAGUUCCAUGCCAUCUACUGGCCGGCCUUGCUCUUAGGGGCCGGCCUGAGCCCACCACACCGCAUCUAUGUCCACUCCCAUUGGACCGUCCGUGGCCAAAAGAUGUCCAAGAGCUUGGGCAACGUAGUGGACCCCAGCAGUUGCCUCGACCGCUAUACUGUGGAUGGCUUCCGCUACUUCCUCCUGCGCCAGGGCGUCCCCAACUGGGACUGCGACUACUAUGAGGAGAAGGUGGUGAAGCUGCUGGACUCCGAGCUGGCAGAUGCGCUGGGAGGCCUCCUGAACCGAUGCACUGCCCAGAGAAUGAACCCUUCGGGGACCUACCCGGCCUUCUGCGCCACCUGCUUCCCCAGGGAGCCGGGGCUGGCGGGGCCCUCAGCCCGCGCCGGGGCCGAGGACUAUGCCCUGGUGAGUGCCGUGGCCGCCUUGCCCAGGCAGGUGGCGGACAACUACGCGGACUUUCAGAUCUACAAGGCCCUGGAGGCAGUGUCCAGCUGUGUCCGGCAGACCAAUGGCUUUGUCCAAAGGCACGCGCCCUGGAAGUUGAGUUGGGAGAGCCCAGUGGAUGCUCCCUGGCUCGGUACUGUGCUCCACGUGGCCUUGGAAUGUUUGCGGAUCUUUGGAACUUUGCUGCAGCCUGUCACCCCAAGCCUGGCUGACAAGCUGCUGUCCAGGUUGGGAGUCUCUGCCACAGAGAGGGGCCUGGGAGAGCUCGCCUUCUUGCCUCGAUUCUACGGACAUCCCUGCCCUUUUGAAGGGAGAAAGCUGGGACCGGAAACUGGGCUCUUGUUUCCUCGACUGGACCAGUCCAGGGCCUGUCUGGUGAAAGUCCAUAGGACCUAGAACCCAAUUCUUGUGGUUUAUGGCUGUGGUAAAAGAGCACGUGUCAUUGUGCAUUUCAGGAAAGUCAUAUUAAUGUUUUCUUAAGUGUUGCAUCAAAUGAGCCCCUAAGUGAUGAUGUCCCUGUGAAAAGAGGUUCAAAACCUUUCAGGUGCCAGCCCUGGCUCUGUUUUCUCUGCCCAUUCAUUAACCACUGCCCUUUGUAUGCCGGUGUCUCUAGGGGAAAGAUGGGUAGGAGACCGCUUUGCUGAGACCAUUCUUUCUAAGGUGCCUCCUUCCAAACCACAGUUCGGUUAUCUGCCCAGACUACCUCUCAUGGCUUGUGUUCCACUGUCUGGGCCCGCCGGGAAUCAGAGUUGGGGUUGGAGGCCCUUUACCUCAACUUUAAGCCCUACUUUGUUAUAUAUGUUGGGUUUCCUGUUAAAAAGAUUCGUUUAUUAACCUUUAACGAGUCAGUGUCCUAGAUUAGAUGAUCAUCCAUGUUUAUAUUUUCAGUUCUUAAAAUCAUGACUCCUUAUACUCUUAAUAUUAGCAGUCCAAUAGUUGUGCUUUGUAACACUACACUCCAACCAGUAGAUGGCUCUAGUCUCACAUGUGGAAUUAGGACGGAGGUUCAGUCUCUAGAAGGAAUUUGUUUUCUGUUUUCUAAUUUUGCAGAAUUUAAGAAAAUUUUUAUUGCUUUUCUUAAAAUGAGGGGUAACUGCAACCACUGCUGUUUUAUAGAAAGCCAUAAAAAAGAAUCCUCAGUUUUCUUCAGACUACUGAAAAAGGACAUUUAGUCUAAUUACAUAUUUAGUAUACCAGUAUACUAAAUAUGUAUAUCAUGUUUGUUUGGACUAUGAUAAAUUAUAAAGCUCUCUUGAGGUACUUGGUAUGUUAAAAGUUUUAAACUUUAAUAACAGUAAAUUUAGAGGUACGAUUUAAAAAAUCUCAAGUUGUUCAAAAAGGCAGUAUUUAUAUUUUUUAGUCAUUUUAUUCACAUACAGAAUUUACCUUAUGAUUUUUUUUGGGUCAACAUCGCUAAUACAAUACAGAAAUUGUAGAAUUGUUACUAUAAAUGUUAAUACAUUUACUUUUAAGUAGUUUUUCUGAUUAUUUCUUAUGCUCUUUUAACUUGUUAUUAAAGUUUAAAAGUUUGUAAGUACCUUACUCAGAUACGUACUGUUGCAUUUGUUGAAGGUGAUGGUGAAAGGAGGAAUGAUCAGUGCUCCAAGAAUCUCAAACUGGAUGCUGGGAUCUCUCCAAGGCUCCAUAAAAACACAGAAAAGACGUUAAGGUAUUAAUUAUACGAGGACUGCACACAGUGAACCAGCAUUCUAUCUGACAGGUGAUUGAUUGGACAGCCAGGCCAAAGUUGAAAGUGAGAACUGGAAAUAUCCAUUCUAAGCCUGGUAGCAAGCAGAGAGGGCUCAUUUGAAGCAAAUUAUUAGGUUGCUGGUUUCCAGAUUUAUUCUGUGUGCUACUAUUUAGCUCCAGUUUCCAUUGAGAGAUUUGUUUGCUUAGAGGUAUCCUAAAGUGGAAGGAUGUUUUGACAAAUGUUCCUUCAGACCUGGAUUUUCCAAAUAACAUAUUCCAGUUACCUGCUGGGAUUCAUAGGUCAGGUUACUGGGGCCUAGGAUCGAGUAUAUCUCCUAGAACUGGCCGGAGCAGAGUAGUGAAAGACAUGGGUUAUAUUCACAUGAAGGAAAAGAGACCUAUAACCAGUGCAUUGAUAACCUCUGCCUUUGCAGUGUCCGUGAAUGGUCUCACAGUUCCUGUCAUGAAUGGAGAGACAGUGUCUUCCACUUGAUGGAGCUUUCCUGUGGCCUAGUGCUGGUCCAUACACUGGACCUUUGCUUUGCUUGCUGGGUGUUAAUGGGGUUCCUUUUUGCCGUCUGUCACUUGCGCAGGCAUUUUAACUGGCUACCAGAAUAUCUGUGGAACUGGAGGGCAUAAAAAAUAGGGAUUCAAAGAGGAGAAGGUAUUAAAAAAGACAAGAUACUGUGAAUGAAAGGGGUGAUAUGGGAGAUGAACCAGUUUGAUUUUCUGUAGGAGGUAAAGCAGAUAGCCUUUGGGUACUGGAUGUAUUCAGUUUGAUCCAGCACUUCAUUGGUAAGAAUGGCAGGUUGAGGAGAGGUAGAACUUAAAACUGAAGGACAUAGCACUUCCAAGAGAGGGCAUCCUAGCUACUUGGGAGGAGAUGUUAAACUUGUAGACAUCUAAGAACUGUUAACAGCUUAUCUGGCAUCUUUGGGUCCCUUGACCAGAAAAGUGCCUCCCAAGUAAUCUGAGCCCUCAGCUUUCAUUGUAGGCUAUUCUUGGAGACAGUGUUGCAGGAGGUUCACCUGACAGCACUGAUCAGGUGUUCACGGGAUGUCCAUUACAGUGAUAAACUAUCAACUUGGUAGACUACAUUCCUGUCUAUGAAGUCAUGCAGGAAGUUGUGGGCAAUGGUCAGUAUAUGUUAAGUGGCACCAUUCGAUAUUAGAGGGUUAUUCCACAAGUGAACUCAUAGGUCAGGCACCUUUGAAACCAGGAGAUCUGUGGCUAUAUGGAGGUCAGGAAUAGACAGGAAUGCUCAGCUGGCGUGGCUCAAUGGUUGAGCAUCGACCUAUGAACCAGGAGGUCAUGGGUUGAUUCCCAGUCAGGGCACGUGCGCAGGGCUUGAUUCCCAGUGUGGAGUGUACAGAUGGCAGCCAAUCAAUGAUCCUGUCUUUUCUAUCUCUUCCUCUCCCUUCCUCUUUGAAAUCAAUAAAUAUACAUUUAUAAAAAAGAACAGGCAGGAACAAGAAUAGAUACAAUUUCUGAUUUCACUGAAAUCUCAAGUUAUUCUGGAACUAGGCCUCAUUUUUCUUAAGGACCUGGGUGACUAUAGGGGUUGAGAAGAGCCUGAAAAAUUUACAGUUAAGUUGAUCAAGCACUCAAGAUGGCCUCGGCUGAAAUAUGGGCCCUGAGGCACAGGCUAAUUUCUUUUUUUUUGCAGUUGUACCUGUGAAUGGAGCAUAGCUCUUUAGAUUUGGGAAGUUCGAAGACCAAAGUAAAGCCAGUAGUUGGUCAGGUUGUGGGGCUCCAAGUAGGAUGACUAAUAAAGUAACAGGCAGCAUGCAGAAGCAUUCAACAGCUUCCUCCUUGGGCAUAAUGGAAGGAUGGUUUCCUGGAUCUCUCACUGCCCCACCCUACUGAGCUUAGCUGCAGUGUUGGCCUGCAUUAGUGGAACCUUGAGAGAUGGGGAGGCCAUGCCUUCCUGCUACGGUUUGGUCCAUAAAGCUGUAUAAUCUAUAAUUGCCUCCUGGAGGCAAGGCCCCAGAGUACUGGAUAUAGAACCAUCCUUUUUUCAUAUGUUUUUAUUGACUUUUUAGAGAGGGAGAAAAACAUUGAUGAGAGAGGAACACUGAUCAGCUGCCUUUGCACACCCCACACUGGGGAUCAAGCCCCGGACAUGUGCUCUGACGGGGAAUAGAGCCAGUGACCUGGUGCAUGGUUCGGCGCUCAGUCACUGAUCCGCACUGGCCCAGCUGGAAUGACUGUUCCUGUUGGUGAGGUCUAGGGGACUGUGCACCUUGGUGGUCCUUGGCCUUUGCCAGAGUAAAUAAUAUCAGUGGAUCUGAAAGCAUGUGUCUAUUUUUGCAGCAAGGUUUACUGGUUCGGGAAGCUAGCGCACAGAUUAGGGUAACCAAGAGCACAGGUUAGGGGGAUCAGUUCUAGA